AUGUAUUAUUGCUUAAGUGAAUUAUCAUCGAAAUUCACAAUUGAUAAGCAACAAUCACAUCCGAAUUUAACUUUUGCCGAACUUUCGAAACGAAAUAUAACUUCUGAGCAAUUGCAUAAAUGGUCAACGCCAAUCGAUCUAAUUGAAGAUUAUCAAUGGUAUUUGAAUCAAUUAUCAACAUCAAAUGAUCUGUCAACAUUAGAAAAGAAGAUUUAUAUGAAUUGUUCGUAUCCUAAAUUUGGUUUGAUGUGUCAAUACGAAUUGGCGUUGUCGAAAUUUAUUGAAAAUGCCAGUUUAGCCUACACAAUUGAACAAUUGUACAGAACAUUCAAAUAUAAUUCUGAGGAAUUAACAUGUUAUACACAUUUAACCUGUGAAUAUCGAAUCCAAUCAUCAUGUUUAGAUUGGACGGAGGUUUGCGAUGGAAAAAUCGAUUGUUUAAACGAUGGAGUCGAUGAAAACCAUUGUUGGCAAUUAGAAAUUAAUCAAUGUCAAGAUGAUGAAUAUCAAUGUAACAACGGACAAUGUAUUCCAUUAGAAUUUUAUAAAGAGUUUACAUUUCGUCGUCAUUGUCUUGAUAAUUCGGAUGGAACUUAUGAUAUAUUACUUCAUUACACUGCACUUGAAGACUCACUAUGUUCACAUUCAUUUCUUUCGCGUUCUUGUUUAGUAGUACGUACGGAUAUUUUGAUGAAACGAAUUUAUUCAAUGAAACACGAGUUGAUAACAAAUGAGUGUUGGAUGGCAUUCAAAUGUAUCCUCAAAAUAAUUAAAGACGAUUUUGUUUUAUGCGAAAAGCUUUGUGAAAAUAAUCAAUGCAAAAUAAUCAUUGAAAAUCAAUGUCCGGAGUUAUUGUAUAUUCCAAAUGUUCCGAUUUUUCUCAACGAUACUUAUUUAGUCUAUUCAAAAAAUGAAAUCAAUCAACAAAAUAUCUUUCCAUACGUUUGUUCAAAUCACAUUCAUUAUGAGAACCAUUCCGAUGAAAUUUUGAAGGUAUUUUUCAAUAAUCAAACAUGUUUUCGUUUGAAAAAAAUCCCAGAAUCUUAUCAGUAUGCCUUAGAACAAGACCCGGUAACACGUAAUGUGGAAAUGUAUUUUUCAUAUUUAUUUCAUCGAAGUCAUAUUUCAAUUAUUAAUUCAACUUCCAUCUAUUGUAAAGAGCCAGAGAUGUAUCAAUGCAUGAGAUCCGUUAAAUGCAUUCCUGCUUUUCGUUACAGAGAUAAAAUACCGGAUUGUCCUUACUCGGAUGAUGAAGAACUAUACAACACCAACGACGAUUUUGUGAACAAACAACCAAAGCACACGCUGUUCAAAUGUCUCAUGUUGAAUAAAUGGAUAUUUUUGAGACAGUUCGAUGAUAGUUAUCCAGUUUGUAGUGUAGAACAAAUAGAGCAUUGUGAAGAUGAACCGAGAAUAGUUGGACACGAUAAACAUAUUCUAUCAUUCCAAACAAUAUGUGAUGGAUAUACUGAAAUCAUUGAAAAUGUACUUAGCGGUCAAAAUAUGACAGAUGAAACGGAAUGUCAACAUUGGGAGUGUAAUAAUUAUUACACAGCUUGUGAUCAAAUAUGGAAUUGUCCAAAAGGUGAAGAUGAAAUUGGUUGUCCUUCAGAUUCUUCAUUCAAUUGUUCUGCCAAUUCUCAUCCAUGUAUCGCAGCUCAUGCAUUUCAUAUGAUAUGUUUGCCUGUUGAACAAGUCAAUGAUGGACAAAUAGAUUGUUUAAAUGAGUAUGAUGAACCAAAUAUCUGUCGCCGUAAUGAAAGAUAUAUCAAUUAUGAUCAACGUUCAAAUCUUGAUAUGUGUACGAAUACGGGAUGUUCGUGUAAACAACGUCAUGCAACUUUUUUUGUUCAAGAUGGAACAACAAUUUCGAUAAAUAAAAUGGUUCUUCAACCAACGGGCAAUUGUCGAGUUCACAGAAAUAACGAAUCGUAUGACGUCGUUUUGGAUUCUCUUCUGAACACAAUGUUUGGUUGUAUUGACAAGAAACUAAAAUACUUUUCAAUGAAUGGAGAUCAGAAUGAAACAUUAAUGUUAAGGAGUGAUGAUAUUCUCGUACCUUUGAUUCAUCCAACAACUAUUGAAAUGACAUCUGAAUAUAAUUGUCAUCGUGGAAUUGUUGUCUAUGUUUGGAUAAACCAAACUCAAACAUGUCUUUGUCCGCCGGGUUAUUACGGUUCGCGAUGUCAAUAUCAAAAUCAACGAAUUAAUCUGAAAAUACAAUUUCGAGCUUCAUCAGAUUCUCUGCAAACAUUAUUUGUUAUUGUUAUUUCACUAAUUGACAAUACAACAGAAAGGAUUAUUCAUUCAACUGAACAACAUAAUUAUAUUUCAAUGAAAGAUUGUAACAAAAAAUUUGAAAAUUAUUUCUUUUAUUCAAAUCGGUCGAGUGAUUCAACAAAGAAAUAUUUUCUUCAUGUUGAUAUUUAUGAGAAAAUAUCUUUGAAUCAUCGAGCAAGUUUCCUGUAUCCGUUAAGAUUUACAUUCCUAUCGAUGUAUCGAUUGUCAUUGUUGGUCAAAAUUCCAAGACGAGUUGAAAAUUACGAAAGAUGUUCGUUGAAAUCUUGUCUCAACGGGAAAUGUGUGAAAUAUUCGAACGUUGACGAAUAUUUUUGCCAAUGUGCCGAAGGAUGGACAGGAAAAUUUUGUCAAAUUAAACACAAUUGUAUCUGUUCAUCGGACUCUUUAUGUCUCGACAAAAUGGUCUCGAAUCGAUCGAUAUGUGUUUGUCCUUUGAACAAAUUCGGUCCUCGAUGUUAUCUCAUCGAUUCCGUGUGUGAAAACGAAAACAAUCCAUGUCAAAAUGGUGGCCAAUGCAUUGCACAUAAUGAUGCGUUGAUAUUUCAACGAAAAAUUGUUUGUAUUUGUCCAAAUGGAUUUCAUGGCGAUCGAUGUGAAUCAAAGGAUAAUUUUCAUUUCACUGUGAGAUUUCAUGACGAGAUUAUUCUUUUUCAAUCAAUAUUCAUUCAUUUUAUUGAAAUGAUGAAAAAGGCGAAGCCGAUAAGGACGACAAUGAUCCAACCGAUUCAUCAUUUCCGGCAAAGAACAAUCGAAUUUUUUUGGUCACAAACUUUUCAUUUGAUUUUCUUUGAAAAUUUAAACAACAAUUAUUAUUUACAUUCUUCUUUGAAUAACAAAGCAACAGCACGAAAUUUCACGAUCACAAUCGAUCCCAUUGAUCGUUGUCCAUCAAUAAAUGAAAUAUUCAAUGAAACUUUCAUUAAGUUUCAUAUUCUUCGUCGUAUAAAAUAUUAUCAUCUACCUUGUUUGAACCAUUCAUUAAAUUUAUCGUGUUUUCACGAUGAUAUUCAUCUAUGUUUGUGUUAUCAACAUACGAACAACAAACGAUUAGCAAAUUGUUUCGAGUUUAAUCAUAAUCAAACAUUCGAUUGCUCAGGUCAAAGUGUUUGUGAACAUGAUGGACAAUGUUUUCAAGAUAGUUUACGAUGUCCAACAAGAUCGAUUUGUGCAUGUCGUUCUUGUUUCUAUGGAAGUCGAUGCCAAUUUACAACAAGCGGAUUCGGUUUAUCACUUGAUGCUAUCUUAGGUUAUCACAUUAUCCCAAAUUUGACAUUUUCUAGUCAAUCAUCGAUCGUUAAGUUUAGUUUACUGUUAAUUGUCGUUUUCUUCAUUGCGGGAUUAGUGGAUGGUAUUGUGGCAUUGAUGAUAUUUCAAAGGCGAAAGAUUCGAGAAGUUGGUUGUGGUUUGUAUUUGUUAGGAACAUCGAUGACAAGUGUAGCUACAACAAUAACAUUGGGAUUGAAAUAUUUAAUAUUAAUUUUAGCGCAGAUGAAUGCUAUUACAGAUAAAUCGUUUUUGAAAAUUCAAUGUUAUUCAUUAGAUUUUUUUCUUCGAGUGUUUCUUUCUCUUGGUCAAUGGUUAAAUGCAUUUGUUGCUAUUGAAAGAACAAUGACAGUUAUUCAAGGUAUAAAAUUUAAUAAGAAGAAAAGCAAGACGACAGCUAAAUUAGCUAUGGUUCUUCUUAUUCUGAUGAUUAUCGGUACGAAUGUUCACGAUCCAUUAAAUCGGUAUUUGAUCGAAGAAGAAAAUAAAGAUUUGAAUGAUAUCAAACGAACAUGGUGUAUCGUUCGCUAUUCGUUACAAUUACAAAUUUAUAAUACAGUUGUCAAUUCUUUUCAUUUUUUCCUACCAUUUUUCUUGAAUUUAUCUUCAGCUAUCGUUCUUUUAGCACAACUAACGCGUACACAAUCAAAUUUACAAAAACAACGAACACGAAAAGAGAUUUUCUCCGAACAAUUCCAACAACAUAAACAUUUAUUUAUUUCUCCAGUUGUUUUAGUUAUUCUGUCAAUACCACGUUUAGUCAUUUCAUAUGUAUCCAAAUGUUUGAAAUCCAAUAAUGAUUCAUGGUUGUAUCUUUGCGGAUAUUUUAUUUCAUUUGUUCCAUCGAUUGUCACAUGUUUUAUAUUCGUUUCACCAUCCAAAUUCUACAAAGAAGAAUUUCGAAGAACGAUGGGCCAUUAUCUGUCGAGAAUGCAACAAGGUGUCAGAGAUCAUUAA